AUGCAUCAUACAGAGAUGACGAAUGAUUUAUGGAGGGCUUUCAAAGAAUCUCAGAAGAUUAUAAGUCUUAUCAAAGAUGAUCAAACAAAACGAAAUGCAUACAGUUAUAUCCGGAGUAUUUCCUUCCUUUUCCGACAAGGAUUGGCAUGCAAGCAAUCACAAGAGUCUUGUAAACCUGUGUUUAAACGAUUUGACAACCCAAACCCGGCCGGGCAUUGUAGCCCUUAUAUUACAUGCAUUAAUGCAAAUGUCACAUAUCAACAUGAUCAUUUUUUCCGUGCAAUAAAUGGUCGUACACAGCUUGAUAUGGUCUUCCUAGAAGAACUAUUCAGUGAGAAUGUGGUUAAUGAUUUUGAGGCUUGUAACGUUAUUGAACCAAAUUCUACACGAAAAAGAGAUUGUGUUAUCUUUCAUGCCUUCCUGCCAAACAAUAUUGAAUCCUGUCCUUGGCUGCUCUUCGUUUCACAUGGCAAACAUACACAUCCACCACCUCCUCCUAGCAAGCCACCUAGAGUUGUUAUGAAACGCAUAACACAGCUGGUUUCAAACAUGAUAUCACCAAAUCUAACAUUAACCUCCUUUUUGAAGUCACCGGCUCUUGAAGAACUUUGUCUUGAAUACAAUACAUCCUCCUUGUCAAACAUACAUGCAAGCUUGACAAAUAUGGAUCGAAUAUCCACAAUUAUCCGCAAACAACGAUUACUUUGCUAUCCAGAGGGACAGGGAUAUAAUAGUGUUUUGCUGGAGCAAAGCCGUAAUCCAGCAAUUAAGGAAUAUAUUCAAAAGAUGUAUCAAGAUCCUGAAGGUCUAAUGAUCAUCUGCAUAUUGAAAGAUCAGGCAAGAUUACUCUCAGAGCUUAAUUUCUUCGAGGUGGAUAUAUCUUAUAAGCGCCUAAAAGGCUCUAACCUAAAUGAAGUGGUGUUUACAACUUUUCUGGCUCAACAUGCAAAAGUUAUUACGCUUGUGCGUGUGUUUACGGAGCAUGAUAGUAAGAAUGGGUACUAUCUUCUAUUCAAGCGGGUAUUUGAUGUUAUUGAAACACUCAUUGGUCUUCCAAUAGCAUGGUUUCAUUUACAUGGAGUGGGAAUUGAAGGAGUUGGAUUAGAUAUGGACCGAAAACAAACAGAUGGCCUUGCUCUCUAUCUAACUGAGAUUGACACGGAGCACCGGGAUCGAGAUUGGCAAUUACGCAAUAUUGUCAUAUUCUCUCGAGUACGUUUCAUGCGUGGAAUUACUCAGGCAGUUGGAGCAAGAGAUAGAGGCAUUGGCGUUUAUAGUCGCAUGGCAAGCUUGUUGGACUGCCAUUCACAAGAGGAUUAUAUGCAACUAUGCAAUCUACUGAUUGCACAUGAAAAUCAGAAGGUUCAGGACUGGGCAAGACAUAAAAAAGAUAUUAUUAUUGCUUCAGGAUUGAACAAGCAUUGCAGUUUGAUUCCAGAGCAUAUAUAUGAGAGGUUACGAAAGCAUACUAAUGCCGCGGAACAAACUCAUAAUAAAUCUUAUGCUUUUGGCAAACAUGAGUCUCUAUUGCAGGCUUUGACCAGCUCAUGGAAACUUGAUAAGCGUGAUAUUUUACAAUAUCAUGCACGCGAGGAUUAUGGCGCGUGUCACUCAUAUCAAUCAAGUAAUAUUGAGUCUCUAUAUCACCGGCAUAUUCAACAAAGUGUUCAACGUCGGCGGUCCUACUCACAAUUUCGUGCCUCAACUGAAGAUAUAGUGGAUAUAGACACUAGAUCCCAAGCCUCUACUAUUUCUGCUGGCUCAUCUUUGGGUAACCUGGACUCUAUUCCUCAAAGAUCUCCAAGGCCAGCCAGAAGAGCACGGUAA